AUGACUUCCUUCACGCAGAUGCUGCUGGCCGCGGCAGUUUUGCUGCAGCAGCAGCAGUGGGUGCAGCACUUUUCCUGCAACGCCCUAUCCUUUCACCGGGACCCGUCGGCAGCAGCAGCAACUGCUGCGGCAGCUGCUACUCUAGCUGCGACAAUGCAGCUGCCUAGCAUAGAUCUGCUGGCAAAGCCACGGCACUGCCCUUCAGUGGGGCCGCAGCAGCAGCAGCAGCGGCUGCAGAAGCAGAGGCGCAGCUCAGCAGCAUUCAUAGGGCCCCACGCUGCUGCAGCUCCACUGCAGCACGCAGCUCCUUCCGCGUAUUUUUCUGGUGCAGCUAUUCCAGCAGCAGCAGCAGCAAAUGCAAGUACAGUGAAACUGAUAGGACCGACCCCAGCAGCACUAGCAGCGGCGCCUGCAGCAGCAGCAGCAGCAGCAGGAGCAGCAGCAGCUGAGUUACCUUUUAGGAUAGGGCACGGCUACGACUUGCACCGACUGUCUAGUGAUCCCAAGGAGAUGACAGGUCCUCUCAUACUAUCGGGCGUUUCCUUUGCCCCAGAAGCUCCAGCAGCAGCAGAGUCAGCAGAGGCGAAGCAGCAACAGCCGGAAGCAACUGCAGCAGCAGCAGAAGGCGCUGCUGGGGAGGUUCAAAGGGGGCACCGCUUCAUCUCAGUUGCUUCCUCGGGCAUUAGGCGUCUGCUGCAGUACGGUGCAUCCGUGGCCAGCAGCAUCAGCAGCAGCAGCAGCAGCAGCCGCAGCAGCAACAGCUACUUGGGCGUCGUAGCGCACUCAGAUGGGGACGUGGUGCUGCAUGCGGCAGCUGACGCUGUAUUUGCUGCAGCAGGUGCUGCGGACAUUGGGCAGCAGUUCCCUGACACUGCAGCAGAAAACAAAGGCCGGAACUCUCGAGAGUUUGUUGCUGCAGCAGUAGCAGCUGCUGCUGCAGCAGGGUACACAGUGGCGCAGAUGGACGUCACGCUAAUGCUGCAGCGCCCCCGCAUCAGCAGCAAGAAGCAGCAAAUGAUAGACACACUUGCUGCUGCUCUGGGCAUCAGCAGCAGCAGAGUUUCCCUUAAAGCCAAGACGGGGGAAGGCGUGGGACCUGUUGGCCGCGGCGAGGCGGUGGAGUGCCACGCGGUGGCGCUGCUGCAGCGGCAGGUUACAGGCGCAGCCCCUGAUGCAGCAGCAGCAGCAGCAGAAGCGGCUGCAGACUGA